CAGGAGCGGUGAUGCCAGUGGCAACCCCUGCCUGACGCGCGGUGCCGCUGCUGCUCAGGCUCCCUUUGCGAGCGGCGCGGCUCCGUGCCUGGGCACCCGAGCGCCCCGUGCCUGCCUGGGUCGCCCCUCGAGUCCGUAGCCAGCGCGCCCAGACUCAGCGGACAGGGAAGAAGCGCCGCCGCGGCUUGCGGAGCCAGCAGAUGCACUGCGUGUUUGACGCAAUUGGCACAACACUUCCUCCCCAGAGCGAACAUUGGCAGCAAGCAUAGAUUUUUCAGGAGACAAAUCCAUUCAUGUCCUUAGAAGCCUCUUCUGAUCUUUGCAGCAUGACAGAGGUGAUGAAUACACGUGAACCUGUGAUGGAGGAAUUUACCUUGAGCCAACCUGAGGAAGAAGGAGGCACUUCCACUCAGGCUUUUCCGGAUGCCCAUGAAAAAUAUCCAAAACUAUCAAAAAGAUUACCAUCCAUUGUGGUAGAGCCAUCUGAGAUGGGGGAUGUUGAAAGUGGAGAGCUUCGUUGGCCACCAGAUGAUCUGAAAUCAAUAGAAGACAAGAAGGCUCUUGCUGCUCAGAGGGCCUGUGCUCAGCAGCACCAGAUGGAUCUUGGAAGUGCUUCACCACAUCAAGAUAUGGGAGAUAGUACAAAAUCCAGUGAAAGCACAACUGAGGAUGACUAAGGAACUUCAUUCAACAAAUUGAAGCUUUGGUGGGACCUCAGUUGGAAAGCUGGCACAUUCCGAAGGCUUGUCAACAUGCUCUAUUUUAAAACCGUAGAAGGUUUUAAUUUUAGUUCUAUUAUUAGGUUAGUACAUGGCAAGAAAUUUAGGGGCUGUAGAACUGCUUCUUUUCAGGCUGGGAUUCAUAUCAUUUCAAUUUCCUUUCAGGAAAAAUGGAGCACAUUAGGUAGUUCUUCCUGGUUCCUUUUAUGAAUGCCACAGAGGAAAAAUAUAAACAAAAUCACACAUACUAAACAAAAACAAAAUUAAUUGCAAUUAGCACUUGUAAGUGAAAUUGCCUCUUAAAUAUAAAAAAGCUAUGUGGUAUUGGUACCAAGACACAGGGUUUGUUUGCUAUAGAAUAUAUUAAAUCAAUUAAACCUCUUUUGUUUUAGCCAUUUAAAACUAGCACUGUGAUAUUAUGGAUAAUAGAUGUAAUAUAAUGUUACCUUCUAACUUUGUACCUUUUUUGUAUAGAAAUGCAAGUUUAACUUUUGAAUCUGGACUAAUGGAGAAUUUAGGACUGCCUUUUAGUGGUGCACAGCAGAGACCUUUACUUAUCCCUUUGCCAUAUCUCUUUUUCUGUGCAAAUUCAAGUGAACCAGCCUUUUAUUAAAUCAAUGCAUUUGAAAGAAAAUGAGUUAACAUUUAAGGAAUUCUUUACUGAUGUACAUUUUGGAUGGAAAUAGCUAUUCAUUAUUGUUUGUGAACUGAGUCAGAUUUGUGUAACUUCAGCAGCCUUUGCUAUCCUUUGUGCAAAUAAUUUGUGACCCAAAUGCUACCCUGGUUUAACUGGGCCUGUUUCAAAAAGGGAAAAAGAGACCACUGCUUAUGUUGUUGCUGUUUUAGGACAUUUCCUAUGUAUUUGUAUAUAGACCCUGCUAAAUGUUUACAUAUAGUUUUGGAUCAAAGACUAGACAGAAAUUGGCCAGGACAGAGAUAAGAUGCAUCUUUUGUGUAAUUAAUGAUGCCAUUCAGGCCACUUGCUUUAUUUGGACCAUUUAAUCUAUUGCAGGCUUUUGCUCUGGGAGGGAUCUCUAGGCUCAGGCUGAUACAGCAGUUAUUCCCUGCCCCUACAGUGAUUUCCAAUGCUUAAACUUCAAUGCUGUCACCAAAAUACAGUCUCCAGAACUGGGUAGAAGUCAUGACUGUUAAACUGGUGUGAUAAAGCCAAGAGAUAUUUAUAUGGUAUUUAUUUUGAGAUAGACUCUACUUGGACUUGAUUCUUGUAUUUUAAUGCCUUAGGAUGAGUUUCCUUCACUAUUUUAGCACAAAGAAUGUUUUCUUUCUAUAAGUAAUUCUAUUGAAAUAACACUCUCCAGUGUCUCUAUUAGACACUAAGGUACAUUUUAUGUGUAUAUGAUAGUAACCAUACGUUGAACUCAGCCUAUAAAAACAAUAUUGGGAUGGGUAGGGGUGAUAAAUUUUCAUUCAUGGCAUAUAUAAAUAAUCAUUAUUAUUAGGACCAUUAACCUUAACUUAGCACACUAGCUAAGGUGAUUUGUAGAAGUAUUCAAUUUUGAGAAAUGUAUUUUCUUAAUAUGGGGCCCAUGCUUUAUUUA